UGCCCGGCGCCGCCAUGUUGGGUUCGGGCGGAAAGAGGAAGUGACGUCACGGAAAGCGGCAGGCCGGGCGGAAGUGAAGGCGGCGGGAAAGCGGAAUUUCUCCCCGUUCCGGGAUUUUUUCGGCGCCGCUCGUUGGGAAUUCAGAUCCCGGAAUUUUUUGGGAAUUUUUUGGGGAUAUUUUGGGAAUUUUUGGGAAUUCCCAUGACCAUCCACAACCUCUACAUCUUCGAGCGGGGCGGGCGCUGCCUCUUCUACAGCGAAUGGCACCGGCGGCGCGGCCCCGGCAUCCCCCAGGAGGAGGAGUUCAAGCUGAUGUUCGGGAUGCUUUUCUCGCUUCGCUCCUUCGUGGCCAAGAUGAGUCCCACGGACAUGCGGGACGGGUUCGUGGCGUUCCACACCAGCAAAUACCGGCUGCACUACCUGGAGACGCCGUCGGGGCUGCGGCUGGUGCUCAACACCGACCUGGGCGUGCCCAGCGCCCGCGAGGCGCUGCAGCACAUCUACGGAAACCUGUUCGUGGAGCUGGUGGUGAAGAACCCGCUGUGCCCGCCCCGGGCCCCGGUGCAGAGUCUCCUGUUCCGGCAGCGCCUCGACGCCUUCGUCCGCAGCCUGCCCUACUUCGGGCCCCGGAACCCCCAGAACUGACCCCAAAACCCACCCCAAAAACCCCAAAUCCU